UGAAGAAUCAGAUCAUGACGACGAAUCUGUGGGUCGAACAGUCAUGGUACGACUACAAACUGCGAUGGGAGCCGAAGGAGUACGGUGGUGUUCACAUGUUACACGUGCCAUCCGACCACAUAUGGCGGCCCGACAUAGUCCUCUACAACAACCUUCCCCAUGCCGAAGGAACAGGGAAAGGACAAAAACGAAGUAAAAAGGAAAGACGAGAAUGAAAGAACGAAAGGAAACGUCCUGAACAUGGAAACGGAUCGUUUUAACGAAGGGACGUGCCAAUAUAAUCGCAAGUUCCGCUGCCAUCGUCGACAUCGUCAUCGUCAUCGUCGUCGUUGUUUCCUAGCGGAAGGCGAGAUCCACUUCGCGUAAUAGCGUUCAUUACACUUCUGCAAGUUCUUGCAUGCAUUAGCGAGAUGAAAAUCACUCGCGAGCCUCCGCUUUACGCUCCACUUUCGCCGUUGUCCUUUUCAUUUCUCCGUGGGCCGUUCGAGGGCUCCUCCCGCUCGAUUAAACGCCUUCCGCUGCCAAGAGAAACCGGUUCGUUAAUACGGUGGCGACGAUUUCGACGCAGUCGAACAACCCGGCCCAUUAACUUCACAGCGCGACCGAUACUACGCGUCAAUUUUUUCCUUCGAUCGUAUAAUUAAACAGGUUACGCGCAAGAUUUCAACGAUGCAUCAUCAUCUCGUUUACACUGUCUUUGAAUCGGUCGAGACGAAUUUGCUUGGAUCGAAAGUGGUUUAUUGAAAAUUGUUCCGGAGUUACAGUGUUUGAAAGGUUGUUUUAAAGUGUAGGCGUUACACACGAUUUUGCGCACAGCCAAAAAGGAACAGUUACUGUUUCCUGAUUCCUUUUUGUAUAUUUUUUGUGGCAGAUAGUAUCGACUGACUGAGUGAAUCGUGCUUGUCAGACUCGGCAAACUUAUCGAUCUUGCUUGUCGUUUAAAUCUAUCUGUAACGAAGCAAAAAUGUUUAGUCAUACGUAGAGGUAGGAAAAACUUGGAAAAAGUUGCUGACGUAGGAACUGGAGCGUAUGUCGGUGUUGAAAUGCUCGCAGCAUCGCUGGAAUUGUGGCAAACGUUGGGAAAUGAAACAAAAACUACAAAAUGAAAUAAACAAUUCUAUUAGAAGGACAGAUAGUAAAGUAGAAUUGUAAGAGAAGAUAAAUAAUAAAAGGAGAGGACCACGACUAGAACCAACGGAAAAAGUCGCUGGGUUUUGGAACAAGACUUUUUGGUCUCACGAAAGCACCGUUUUAUGCGAUGGUUCUGGCAAAGUGGGAGUCGGAAUACGUUUGAAAAGGGGGGACUUCUGAGAAUAAGUCAGGAGAGGAGAACAAGCCCUUAAAUAUCGGGAAAACAGGAAGAUCGAAUUAUCUAGACACUGUCGGAUUGAUACUGAGGAAUUUGUCUAGCAAAAAGGGGUCCGAUGAGAAUCGAUCAGAAAUGCGAUCAGAAAAAAGGAAAAAUAACAAAAUUGCAUUAAUCGGAUGCCGUACGAGGAACUUGGCUGGGAGAAACGGUUUCGGUGAAGUUCGAACUAGAAUGUGGUUGGGA